GCUCUUCUACUCUACUUUUCUCUAGUCUUUCUUUUCUUUCAGCAGCACAACACCUCUUUCUCUGUAGCACUAAUUGUAUCCCCUCUACUCAUGGCUACCCGCAUCCAGUUCGAGAACAACAGCGACAUCGGCGUCUUCGCCAAACUCACAAACAGCUACUGCCUGGCUGCAAUCCAAGGCAGCACAAACUUCUACUCCGCCUUCGAAGCAGAACUCGGAGAUGUCGUCCCCAUCGUGCACACCUCCAUCGGUGGUACUCGCAUCGUCGGACGCAUGACUGCCGGCAACCGGCACGGUCUCCUCGUACCAUCCUCGACGACCGACCAGGAGCUCCAACAUCUCCGCAACUCCAUCCCGGACGCUGUUGCCAUCCAGCGUGUCGAGGAGCGUCUCUCCGCGCUCGGCAACGUUAUCGCCUGCAAUGACUACGUCGCUCUCGUCCACCCGGACGUCGACCGCGAGACGGAAGAGAUCAUCGCUGACGUCCUCAAGGUCGAGGUCUUCCGUCAGACCAUCGCCGACAAUGUCCUUGUCGGCUCCUACUGUGCCAUCACCAACCAGGGCGGCCUGGUCCACCCCAAGACCAGUGUGCAGGACCAGGAUGAACUGAGUAGCUUGCUCCAGAUCCCCUUGGUGGCGGGAACUGUAAACCGUGGUUCAGACGUGAUUGGAGCAGGCCUGGUCGUCAACGAUUGGUGUGCGUUCACUGGUCUAGAGACGACCGCCACCGAAAUCAGCGUGAUUGAGGCGACAUUCAAGCUCCAGGGCCAAGAGUCGUCAGCAGUUAUCGGCGAGAUGAGAGACUCGCUGAUCGACAACUGGGCGUAAGCCCCUGCCUGCAUGCGCUCUGUGCAUACAAGCAUCCUCACCGGUUUUGUCUUUGCUCUGUCGCUUUCGCUUUAUUGCGAAUAAUCAUCUGUCGUGUUGGUCAGAAGUCAAAAUUUUUAUUGUAUCCAUAUGUUGGAAUAGAAUAGCAAUGGACAAUAUACCCGCACGUUUCUACGUCAACUUCACGCUUCUAUCUCUAAAUGACGAGGGAAAGCCCAAGAGCAAGAGAAGUUCAAACUAUGGGAAUACCCCAGAAUUCUUGAUAAUGCCUUGCCAGCUCUUGAGGACAUAAGACCCAAACAGUGCGGUCUCGCCAAAUGCCUUCUCCAAGGCCGAGCUGUUCUCUAGCAAUGAAUCUAGGAAAGAAUACGUCGUACUUGGAGAAUUCAACUGAUGGAGCUCCGCAGCGAGGUAGAUGGCAGAGGCAGAGGCGCGCUGCGUAUACCACUCGAGCUCUCUUGCCUCCCUUUGUGCGAACCAACACGCGUCAUUACCAACCUCGGCCGCAUGCUUGAGCACAGGGACUGGGUCAACAGGUAGAAUAUUCGAUGAGGUCGCAAGUAGUGCAAAAGCCUGGGGUAAAUGCUGCAGCACGGGCUCGUUCUGCUCGAGCCGGGUGCGCAGGAGGGUGCGCAUGUCAUGAGCCGGCGCGGCCUUCAUCGUCUGGCGCGCGUCUGCCAGCCACGCGUGGAUGAGUUUCCGGCUGGCAUCGUCUCCGCUGCCAAAGAGGGCGGUCACGGCGGUGUCGGAGAGGGGCCGUUCAUGGGGCUCCGGGAGGGAGAGGACGGAGCGGGCGAGGGCGGUGCGCGUGAAGCCGUUUGUUCUGACGAGCGGGAGGGCGAGCUGAAGCAGCCUUGUAGGAGAGGAGGAGGCCAU